AUGUAUAUGAACAAGAAAAUCAAAUAUUUGUCUCCUAAGAGGAAAUCAAAUGAAAUAGAGAAUGAAUUGCAUAAGAAUUACGAUCCUGAGUUGUUUAUGGUGCAUUUUAUGGGUCAACUUGGCUUGCCAGCUUCAAGCUCUUACUUUUCGCUUUCCAUCAUUGCUUCCCUUUGUCGAGUUCUUCUGGGGCUUGAGAUGGAGCCACAGUUCGAUGAACCAUAUCUCGCCACGUCUCCACAGGACUUCUGGUCAAGGAGAUGGAACCUCAUGAUCGGCAACAUCCUCAGUCUUGCUUUCCGGCUAUCAAGAUUGAUAUCAAGGCCGUUGACCAUUGGAUUCCUUAUGGUUACGGCGUCUUGGCUUUUCUUUUCACCGCUCCUCCAGUGUAACGCUGAUGUUACAACAUCUAAUGAGUACGCGACGGUGGCUGCAUGCGAUCGUGAGAAAGAAUAUUGGGAGUGCUUUCUUUUUGAAACAAUAUUUGAUCAUAUAUGCAUAGAUCACCAAAUUAAAGAAUUACAUGGUGGAUUAUUAGAGAAAAGUUAUAAACAAGCUGACCGAUGACAGGUAGGAGAUAAUUUCUUUUGUAUCCCGGGCUCCUUGCAAGCAGAGAGAUGCCAUAAAUCUUUUAGAACACGAUCAUAGAUUAUGUGAUUAAAUAAAUUCUGCCAUUGUAUGUUAAAUACAUAAACUGGAAAGUCUUAUACUAAACAAAUUGAACAAUAUUGUAAACAAUGUAUCAAGUUUUUAUAAUGCAACAACCGAUAGUUUGG